CAUUAGUAUGGCUGGAACCGCCCCAUAUUUCUUUGGCAUGGCACGGCGCCAAAUGCCUCUUGCUGUGACACAGUGCUAGUGCUAGUAAGUACUGUACUAUAAUUACAGUGCGUAAUAGUACUACUAGUAGCUUCAGGGUAAUCAUCUAUGUAAAUAAUUUGUAAUCGUAUUGCCUUCUUCAUGGUUAGAUAUGCGCAGCAUCAAUGGGAUCCUCACCUUUCACUUAUUCCUUCUGCUCCGUAGACGACCCCCUUCUUGUGUUGUGGUCUCUGCUGUCUCCUGUUUUUUGUACAAUGGCAACCGAUCAUCUUUCUUCUUCUUGCUGCACCGUCCUGCUGUUUGUUUUUCAAUAGAUCCAAUAGCAUUUGUGCUGCUUUGUUCCCGGUGCCUUGGUGCGUGCUGGUUUGUUGAAAACUUACACCAUUUCCAGAUUUCCGACGGACUGGGCACAGACUAGCCCCCACCUAAUCCGUCCAUAUAUUACCGACGGGCACUAUUAAUAGUCGUAGUAGUAUUCGGCUGCUGUUGUACCUAUGUUUUGAUUGUCGAUGCCAUCGCUCCUCACUCGUUCUCCUACAAAUGAACAUUGCUCUUGCCUACCGGUUCACUUGUUGGGGGGAGCUGUUAGAUGCAGAACCUGCGAGAUGUUCUUGUUGUAGGUAUCAAAGAAUGAAUCACUACAACUCAAAUCGCCCCGUUUCGAUCGGUUUCGCUGCUGGUCGGUCGGCACACACCGCCGACUGGUUGGCUACCAGCGGCAAUGUGUUUCUCGGAGUCGGUUUCCACGAGAAGGAAUCCCGGAGGCAUUGGGACGAGCAGCCAACAAAACAAAAGUGGCACGAUUGGGACACCUUAUCGCGUUGCCGUUCCAUCGACAACCAUGGUUUCCCGCGUCCUCGUUAGAGUGUGCGAUGGUGGUUGCCAACCCCACUUGUAUUCUCUUCUAGGGUAUAGUGAACAGAAUGGCCACACAAGACACGAUUUUCAAACUUCACACAACUAAACUCGGGAGUCCCUCUAUACGAUGUAAUCUUUCACAACAGAGACAGCAAUCGGGGGGGGGGGAUUGGAUUUUGUGAUCGCUCGCUUUAUUUUCGUGUGGUGUUCUAUUGGUUUAUUGGUUUGUAUCAGAGCAGUUUUGAUGCGGCCGGGACUACGACGAGCAAACCGCCCACGGCUUACACGGUGUCUUCCCAAAAGUCUUCGUGUCCCGUGUCGUCGUUGAUAUACCGUUCGGUAAACCUCGCCCUCAGUUUUGCCAGGGAGACCUUCUGGAGUUUUCGAACCUUUCGAAUGGUCAGGUCCAGCUCGAGGGCGAUCUCUUUCUGCGUCUUGGGAACCCCGUCGUCCAGACCGAAUCGCAUCUGUAUGAUUUGCGACUCGAUGUCUUCCAGUGUGUUCCCCAGAAAGUCGUCGACGUUGUAGAGGAUCAUGUCCUUGAGCGCCAGAUCGUCGGGCGAGGUGGCCCGGUCCUCCAUCAGGCUGGUUUCCGUGAUGCCGUCCUGGCUGUCGUCGAGGGAUUCGGGUAUCGAAUCGCGGAGGGGAGCCGCUAUCGAUUGGGACUGUAUCCACAUCUGGUCCUCUCCCUCGUACUGCAGUGUCUCGUCCAAAAAGUCUUCGACGAGUUCUUCUCUCUGGACCGACUUUCCGUUGUCGAGAACGAGGCCCUCGCGUACCUCCCAUUCGUCCUGGUUGUAGUAGUAGCUCUCCGUUUCGAGGGGAUCGGCGAUCUCGACCGUGCUCUCCAUGCUGAGCGGCUUGCCGGUGCCGGUGGGAUUUCCCAUUCCCUUGGCUCGUUCCAGCGUAAAGGCGUCCAGGGCGAUCUGGAUCUGGGCUUUGGCAAAGGAUUCGAAGGACUCGUUGGGACGCGCCUCGUGCUCAAAGGUUUUGAGCGCCUGCAUCAGUCCGAUGACGCCCUCCUGGAUCAGAUCGUCGUGGAGGCUGCGGCGCUGGAGGUGCGGGGAGGCCGAUGCGGAUGCCGCCGUGGAAGUCGACUCGAUCACGUGCAGGGCCCUGAGCGUCUUUUUCACCAGGUCCUUCACCCACCGCAGGCCGGUGCGGGUGGAGUAGUUCUCAAAGUCGGGGAGAUCCAGGUUCAAUCGCUGCGAUUUUUCCCACUUCCAGAUCAGCUGCGCCAGCUGGGGGUUGAUGUGGCCCUUUUCGUCCUCCAGAAUGUCGACGAGCCGUGGUUUUGCUUUUGCUUUCGCUCUUGCUUCUGCCUUGCCCACGGGCGUCGUUGUUGUCACCGUGUUCAGAGACGUGCGGGUCCUCGUCGGUGCCCCGUGCCGCGAUCCCGGCACAAAGGCGCAGGCACCCCGCGAUUCGAGGACCGCGAGGGCGAUUGCGGAAACAAUGCCGGAGGCGUAGCGAGACUUCGCUGCGAUGCGCAUGGUUCGGUUGCGAUGCGUUGAGUUGCGUUGUGUUGCGUUGCGAUGAGUUGCGAUGCGUAACGAUGCGUAACGUGAAUGCGCUGGUGGGUGCCCGGAGGAACGGAAAACAGUUGUACAACGGGGUUGAUGUUGAUAUUCGGUGCGAAGUGUAGAAACGAAGCAAUGAAUGAAAAUAUAUACAGUAUUAGAAG